AAGAAGGCGGCGGCAAGUGCGGCCGCAGCUCCCGUUGGAUCAAACACUGCUGCGCCCCCACCGGCGGGGAAAGCGGUAGCGCCCGCGGCUGCCGGAAAUGGGGCUGCCGUUAUUACAAUGAAAAAUGCCCCCACCCCCGAACUUGCAAGCAUUUGUAUUGCAAAUCUUUCCAAAUGAAACAUUCGCCCUCUUGCGUGUAUCAGCAUCACAGAUUUCCGAUCGUGAAUAGCAAAAAUUUGUAUUGCAAAAGAUCCCAGCAAGAGCGGUGCUUGUCAUGCAAGCGAUGCGAAACACGACUAGAAUCUGCAUCAGAAAGAUUCGUACUCCUUUCAUGCAUGACAAAAAGCUUUCAUUUGGAAACUUCGCAUCACAAAUUCUUGCAAUUUCAGGGGUGGGGGGCAUUUUUCACUGUGAUAGCCGUUGUAACGAAUCCAGGCAGUGCAGCUGGCGCAGGACAAGGCGCGGCUGCACCGCCCGGAGCGGUGACUAGUGGAGUUGGACUCGGGACGGAGUUGACGCAGGCGGUUUCCAACGUAGCCAACGCCCUUUUCGACGGUUCUGGCCAACACGGGAACGGGCAAAGCCAGAGCGGCCAGAGCGGGCAGCUACUUACGACAGCAGGACAGGUGGUUGGAAGUGCGGCAGCUACCGCGGUCGGUAGUUUCGCAACGGGGCUCCAGCGGGGCUGGCAGGCUGGACGUACGGCACCACCUCCAGGCGCUAUCGCAACCGCAGGGACAAAUCCAGCGGCCGGGGGGGGCGCAGUUGGAGC